GUGACACCAGAGCCAAGAAAACGCGGGAAAGCGAUGUUACCCACCAGGUGUACCCACGUAUCUUGGUGACGUUUUUGCGGUUGUGUUCGUGUUGUGUUCAUUGAAUCUACGCAUUCUCUGUUCUUAUUGUUUGGCCUAGGUAGUGAAAGCAAAAAAGCUAUGGAAGACAUAAUGGAAGACUAUCCCUUGGACGAUGUUGAGAACGAAGACGUUGGAGCUCCAGAGGAAUCCGCAACAGCUGAAGGCAAUUGCUUUGAACAGGAGGAAGCAGGAGAAAAAGUUACUCCUUACACGAAGAAACGCGUCGUGCAAAACCCUCGACCUAAACUCAACAAAGAUAGGCUUGCUGGUUCCAAAGGGAUUCGAGAGCUCGUGCGAAUGUCCAAGAAUAUUCUCUGGCGAGGGCAAGGCCAUGAGCUACAUGACUUGGACACGACGAUGUCGUUACUGGAGCACUGGGGCCACCGACUUUUCCCUCAGAUGGAUUCCAACAACUUUUUCAGCAAUUUGGAACGACUAGGCAUGAAGCGAGAAAUCCAGACAUACAUGCGCAAGUUGCGAAUGGGCUUGGAGGGCGACGUUGGUGAACAGCUUCAAUUCGGCGAAGACCUGGAUGAUAGAAUAAUAGAAGAGAAAGAAGAACAACCCCCAUUUGAAGACCCUUUUUCGUCGCUGCUUGCCGACUCAUCCAGCCAACAAGCGCUCCUUGAAGCACCACCGUCAACUCAGCAACCAGAGGACGUAAGCCAGGAAUUACGUGAACGCAUAGAGUGGAGUCGGCAGCAGGCACUGGAGCGCCGCCGUUUGCGGCUAGCACAGCAAGCGCAGCUGUCCAGAGAUAUGGAUACGGAGGUGGCAGACCUAAUGUUGGCUCCAGAAGGCGUCGUAAAGAGUGAUCAGAAAACUACUAUGCCAGAAGACGUCCAAUGUCGUCACCCUGAGGAGUGUAAAAACUGUGACACCACAACGGUGGAUAUCACAUCUUCUCUUUCAACCAUAGAGGAGCAGGCUGAUUUUGAAUGAAGAAACAGCACUGGAACGGGGUGGAAACGAGAAAGCACAAACACGGCGCUCACCAACAACCAUGUUCUGUUGCUUUUGAACAUUGAUAUAUGCAGAAAAAUACAACGAAUAAACAUAUUGAAUAAUCGCUGA